AUUAUUUAAAUAAUGAGAGCAAAUUUUAUAAAUAAAUAAAAAUUAGUCAAGAGCUAGCUUCACUUAUCAUCAUUCCCUUGCUUCAAAGACAAGCACAAUCCUCGCAAAGAUCUAUUUCAUUAAAGAAGACAAAAUAAAACCCAAAUAUUCCACGACAAAAGGCACUUGCACUUGCACUUUGAAACCUUCAUUUUCUACUCCACCAAACAAACACUUUGAGUGCCUUAACUUAACUUCAAAGCUACGCACACACACUAUUCUAUUCCCACACUUGCUCCACAGCCAUGAUUACCAACCAUCACCCUCUUAUCUCCCUCAUCAUUACCAAACACAUAAAUGUUAACAAAAGCUUCCUAACCAAACCAAUUCAAGCUCCCUAGCUCCAUUUCUCUUUGAUCAAAUCCUUCUUCCAACCCAUCAAUAUGCUCUUCCUCUUAUCCCUUUUCCUUCUCUUUUCCCUACCCCAUGUCACAUUUUCUGCCCAUUGCACCACCUCCACCCCCACUCAAACCUUCCAAAAAUGCAUCACCCUCCCUACCCAACAAGCCUCCAUAGCAUGGACAUUCCACCACCACAAUGCCACCUUAGACCUUGUUUUCUUUGGCACUUUCAUAUCCCCUUCCGGGUGGGUCGGGUGGGGCAUCAACCCCACCUCCCCCGAAAUGACCGGCACAAACGCUUUGGUCGCCUUUCCGGACCCUAGUACCGGCCAAAUAGUCCUCCUACCUUACCUCCUAGACCCAACCGUGAAGUUCCAACGCCGCCCUCUCCUCUCUCGCCCUCUUGACAUCCGCAUACUCUCCUCCUCUGCCACUCUAUACGGUGGCAAACUAGCCACCGUCCAUAAUGGCGCCGCGGUCCAAAUCUUCGCCACAUUGAAGCUCGCGUCAAACAAGACAAAACUCCAUCACGUGUGGAACCGCGGCCUCUAUGUCCAAGGCUACUCACCAACCAUACACCCAACCACCGCAAACGACCUUUCGUCGGUAAUGACAUUCGAUGUCAUGUCAGGCUCAACGGCCGCACGUCACACCAACAUUGGUACACUCAGAUCAGUGCAUGGCAUCAUAAAUGCUGUUUCAUGGGGAAUCAUGCUACCCAUUGGAGCAGUGAUUGCACGCUACCUUAGGCACAUCCAAGCACUAGGGCCUACAUGGUUCUAUGUGCAUGCUGGGAUCCAACUGUUUGCUUUUUUCUUAGGAACUGUGGGGUUUGCCAUUGGAAUUAGGCUUGGGGAUUUGUCACCUGGGGUCCAAUAUGGGCUCCACAGGAAGCUUGGGUUUGCAGCAUUUUGCUUAGGUGCUCUUCAAACACUGGCACUAUUGUUUAGGCCAAAAACUACAAACAAAUUCAGGAAGUACUGGAAAUCUUAUCACCAUUUUGUAGGGUAUGGAUGUGUGGUGCUUGGGGUUGUGAAUUGUUUCCAGGGUUUUGAUGUGAUGGGAGAAGGCAGGUCUUAUGCUAAGCUGGCCUAUUGUUUGGGUUUGUCUAGUCUGAUUGGGGUAUGUAUAGCUUUGGAGGUGAAUUCUUGGGUGGUGUUUUGUAGAAAAUCAAAGGAGGAGAAGCUGAGGAGGGAGGGUUUAAUUGGGGGCUCUGAUAAAGGCAGUGCAAUCUUCAGUUGAGCUUGAGAGAGAGACAUACAUAUAAAGAUGGCAUAAUUACACAAAAUUAUGCUUGAGGAAGAACCCUCUUUGCAAUGUCAUGGAUCAUAUUUAUAGCCAGCCAGCCAGCCAGCCAACUACACGUUGAAGACAGUGCUUUUCUGGAAAGAAACUAAAAUUUUGGUUUGGAUGUUUCAUGCUUUUCUGUAGGGCAACUGAACAAAGUUGUGCUUUUAGUUUCUUUUUUUUGUUUUUAUGGAUGAAACCUUUUCUUUCUUCUUUGCCUGAAUGUAUACAAUUACCACAGUUUGUACUGUAUGUUCAAUUACCACAGUUUCCCUCAACUAUUUUACACAGAAGUUUUCCUUUUGAUGUGAGUUUCUGUAAA